AGGGAGCUCAAGCUGGAAGGACAUAAAUACUAGUGAUUCUUAACUUAUCGUCACACCUUGUCACUACUGCUGGCCUGCGGAACGUCCCUCUGCGUCUUCUCCUGCACCACCAAGCAUCCAGUCAUGAAGUCUUUCGUCUUUAUCUUGGCCGUCCUCGUCGGGGCAGCUGUUGCCAUCUCUUCCGAUGACUUGAAGCAACAGAACACGGACAUCUCGUCCGAGGAGUACCUGAAGCGGGUCCUCCAGGGCCCCGUUGUCUCUUAUGUCGGGAGUGAUAGCAGGGACAUUGCCGAGAAGCUACAAGAUCUUGAGCUUCGUGAGGCAGCAAAAAUCGCAAAGCAGGUAGACCUGAUGCAGAUCCUCCGGGACAGUGACAUCCCAUCGGUCACAUUGUGCAUGCCCAGUGACAAGGCUGUCCAGAAGUGGAGGCAGGGGCUCCCCGAAAGGCAGAUGCCGGAGAGGGAGAGCUUGAAGAACCUGGUCAAGGCUUGGAUCAUUCCAAAAAGGGUCGUGUCAUCAGAGGUCACCAAUGACCAGAAGGUGGAGAGCUUGAAUGGCGCCAAGCUGAGAUUCAACAUCUACAGUGACGUCAAGAAGAUCAUCACCGUGAAUGGAGCGCGAAUCACUAACGACAUUAGAACAUCCGCCAACGAAAUCAUCCAGGUAGUCGACAAGGUCAUUUAUCCACUUCCUGUUGGUAACGUCAUCGAAACCUUGGACGAUAACGGAGCCUUCUCCAUCAUCGUCGAUCUCGUGAAACGGGCCGAAUUGGUAGCUGAACUUGAAUCGGACCCCAUCACGGUUCUUGUACCAACCAACGACGCCUUCCAAGCCCUCCCAUCAGGUGUACUCGACGACCUCCAACGCGACAACGAUAAGCUUCGAAACCUGCUCAGAUACCACGUCAUCUCUGACGUUAGAUAUUCUGCCUCCUUGUCGUCUGGACAGCGAAUUCGUGCUUCGCAAGGAAAUGAUAUUUCUGUCACCCGUGAUGCUAAUGACCAAAUUAUCCUGAACGAUCAGAGUGAACAGUCGGAAGCUCCACGAGUGACCUUACGUGAUAUCCCGACCACCAACGGAGUCAUCCAAGUCGUCGACCGGAUCCUUCUCCCGCCUCGAAGACACUUCGUUCUCCUUUAACCCAAUCAAAUUGUGCCAUGAUACUGCCCAUUCAGUAAACAUAAUUAUGGGUUUAAUAAACCUCAGUUAAUUUGUAUUUCAGAUUUCUGGUACCUCGUUCUGUAUUUCAAAACGGAAAUAAAACUACCCAUUUCUAUAUUAUGUAACUAAAGAAUGGUCUAUUACUUGGAUUUUUUUUUCAGGUUGGUAAUUUGUUUUUAAGAGAAAGAUAAAAAAACGCGGGUGGGUCAUGGGGCGCUCGACUAAUAAACUGUACACUGGGUUACGAUCGUCUUUAUUCUAAAAUGAAACAAAGAUUUUUUUAAAUCAAAACAUUUUGACACCUUAUUUACUGCCCCCAUGUACAAAGUAAUUUCUCGAGUGCCCUCCUCCCAUGGUGGUAUUGGAAGAAUGUAGAAUGAAUUGUAAGGAGGAAUAGUCGUGAUUUUAUAAAAAAUUAUGUUCUCUUCCCACUCAUUUUUCUAGUUCACCCUUUCUCUCUCUCCACUCCCCAUUUAGUCCCCUAUCAUUCAUGCCUUAGCUUUCUUUUUUUUUCUCUCGCAUAUUUUUCUUCCUACUAUCAUUUCUUUUCACUCCCCUCCCCUACUGGAAAGAACAAUGCCAUGCAGUGAGCCUAUCGGGUCUAUAUAGGACAAUGUGAAUCACCUUCACACUGUUCCUUUCCAGCAGGGUCGUUUUGUCUAUUUACUGGAUUCCCUACUUCUCUAGUUUCACCAUUCUCCGAGUGUAUUUUCUUCAAAGGGCAAUACGACCUGAAAAUGACGUCACUUUUCCCCCAAUCGAGUUAUAAGUACUAUUGACCCCGUUUUCCUUUUUUAUUCGCUCGGUCUUCCCUUUCUCCCCUUGUUAUCUGGCAUAUGAAUACUUAGAUGUAGAGCAGAAUUGAAUUACCCGAUGCUCAUUUCAUGCAUUUGUUUUUCAUUGCCUCUGAUAAAAAACCGAGACGCCAUCAUGUUUAUACGAGGAGUCCACAUCUAAGGUAGAUCGUGACCCGAAAAAAAUUGUUUAGUGAAUUACUGAUGCUUUUUCUACGCUAUACACCUACGACCAGCGAUGUUUAUACAGAAAACAUAAUAUUUAUAACGAAUCAACACUUAAUUUGUUCUGAUACUAAUUACCAAAGGCGCGGGACGGACGGGGUGGGCAGACUGGGGGUGUCAAAAAACUGUAGAUUGGCAAGACACAUUUUUGCCCCCCGCCCUAUAAUAGGGGACGAGAGGAGCGACAAAAUGGUAUAUAAUUUAUUGGCGGUUUUACCGCAUUAUCUCAGCUGGUAUUUUUGGAUGCGGCAUAAUUCAACGACGUUUUAGCUAAAUUGGGCUACAGAUGAAACGUGUGGAUCAGACCACCGGCUCGGUAUCUAUCAGUAACCCCAGAUAGGCAUUUAAACAAUACUGAUCAGUGUUAAACCAAUUACACUAAGUGUUCAAAAAACACAUUUUAUUAUUUUACCCCCUCUUUUUUAUUUUCGAUUUGAUAGUUUCGUCUUCAGAAGUUUCUUAUCCAGAAGAAAUAAAGGGUCAAGAAGAGGUCAUAUGGGUCAAAGUGAGCUCAUUGGGAAUAAUGUGCGUGGGCGCGUGCCUGUAUGACUGCGUCCAAUCUAUAUUUUGGAUAUUGAUGAUUCAGGGCAUCCAUCAAGUGUAUCACAAUUUGACAACGCACAUGAAAGAAUAUGCAGUAGUAUAGGACCUAACCUAUAUUAAUAAAUUAGGCACACACUAGGGUCCCGUCUUACGAUUGAUCCGAUCAACCUCUACUAAUUGUAUUUCUUUGUCAAUCUUUUGUAAAGCAGGCCUUUGGGCUCUGAAAGGACUGCCCUGUUUUUAAAUAAAAGUAAAUAAAUAUAGAAAUCCAUAUCUAGAUAAUAUUUUGAACAUAUGUUCAUUUAAGAUGUUGACGUUGGUUGCUUUCCAUAGUUGUGGUUGAUUGGAUCAAUCAUAACUCUUUGUAAGACGGGGCCCCAGAUCUGCCUUUCAGCCUAAAUCAUAGUUCUGUCUCAUCGCUUUGUUUGAUUAAAAUGCUCCGAACUUCCAAGGUCUAUAUCUGCAUGAUGAACAUAAUGACAGCUUUUAAGUUUCUUCAAAGAAGCAGAAAAUGUUUCUAAACAGUCCUUCUGAACCGUGGCGUUUUUCGAUUGACGAAUGCGACAUAAAACUUAAACCUGGCUAAGUAGGGUGGAUAUCAUGAAAGUAGAAGGGCAUACCGGUAUAAAGUUUCCCCCAUUUCUUUUGAAUUAUAUCGCCAAAGAUUAAACCCUUUAGAAUUAAGAACUUGACCAAUACAUCCCGGUCGAUUCAUCUUUUUUGUGAUCCAUGAAUAAAGGUUUGGCCAAAUAUAAAUUCA